AUGUCGAGUAUGAGUACCGAGGAAUUAUUGAAGAAACUCGACGAUCAACAUCAAGCUUACCUCGAGACAUUCAAACUUGUUCACGAUGCCUUAAAUAACAGCAUUACGAAUCCAAAUCCUGUUAGUGCGGCACCACAAAGUCCUGGUUCCAUCCGAACAUUUACGAAACGACGACGAAGAUCGACCAAAGAUGAUGGUGACAUUCCCGAAGUACGACCAUCAACACUUCACAGCUCUGUUUUAUCGGGAGACAGUGACGACAGUGAUGAUGAUGACGAUUUAUAUGUUCAAACACCGCUCGCACCUUUCAAAUAUGACGAAGAACAAUUACGACAGCAUUUCAGAACUUAUAAUUUCACAGAUGCUGGUCAUAUAAUUCUGGAAAGUGUGAUUACGAAAAAUGGACGACUUCUAGAUCCCGUUUUGUUUCCAGAUUAUCAUAGAGCUGAUCGAUCUCAUAAUUCCCAUUAUUCUGUGUUUGAUGUUGGAAAAGAUGGUGCUCCUUUAUCUAGAAGAGAUGUAGUGAAACCGGGUACAACUAAAAUUGAUUCUGCUAUAUGGCAAGCGGUUAAAGACUUAAAUAGCGAUCCCGAAUCGCUCCGGCCGGCUGUUGGUAGGAUAACAAUUGUUCGAGAACCAUCUCCUGUCGUACUUGGGGCCUUACAUCUCACUUUGAACAAGACUUUUGACAUGGAUGAAUUAUUCAAUUAUUUAGUCUCCGACGAAGUUACAUCUGCCAAUAUAAUGCGAAGACCUUUCUCCGCUGAUAGCCGACAACAAAAGUCCUUUGUUUUUAACUUUGAGUACUGGACAAUCGUGGGGGAAGAAUGUCAACCAAUGCCUUGGCAACUGUCUGAUACGACCCCAAGUACUUCAAAGGAUCAUAUCCCUAUAUCGAGAUGUAACUCUGUUGUAGCUCUCUCCUUAUCUGGUGAUCCCAUACGAAAGUUGAGAAAUCCUGCCAGACGUGCUAGUACCGACCAUGGAUAUGUUUAUGACCCAUGGGCAGCAUGGCAUGUUCUCAAUGUUCAAUGCUACCCGGACCACCGUCAUACUAUGGAUGUCCAUGAUUCAACCAAGCAUUAUGUAAACGGACCGGAAGCAUUUCUACAUACACUGCUCUCGGAAUUUAGAGAUGCAGAAAAAAGAUUCGAGGCGAUAUACAUGAAGAUCAGUAAACUCGUGUCACCACCAGCAAACUUUAUGUUUGAUGGAGAAAUUAGAGAUAAAUUACUUUUCGAAGAUGAGGAAUUUACCUAUUCCCGUCGCUACUUCUGGGCCUAUCAAACACUCGGUCUAUUGAAGAAUGGACUUAAAGCCAUGAUGGAUAGUUACGAAGAUACCUUUACCGAUGAUGUUUGGGAGGGAAAACAUAAGACUCUAUGGCCAAUGUUGGAUCCAGAUUCUCAUCGGAAUAAAUACUGGCAAAAACGCAUGCAAAAACUAAAAAUAGAUUUCGAAAAGCAGAUGGCUCAUCUAUUCAAACUUUAUGAGGAAACUGACGAAAAGAUGAAAGAGAUUAGAACUUUGAGGGAUCAACUUUUCUCGGGCACGAGUGUUUUGGAAAGUAGAAAGAGUGUGGAGAUGGCCGCGGUGACUAUACUACAGGGUCACAAUAUCAAACUAUUGACUAUGGUUUCGAUAUUCUUCCUUCCCCUCACCUUUGUAACCUCGGUAUAUGGUAUGACGAAUAUGUCCACUGAUCAUGAUUUCACUCCUUUCGCUAUAACGAUGGCGACUGUAUGUGUUCCUUUCUUCUUUUUGGUCGGAGCAUUAAACACUACCAGUGGUAUGCAAUUUUGGAGAGUAAGGUGGUAUAGAUUCUUGGGAUGGUUUGGACAACAAGGUAUUCACUCAUCCUCGCCAUCAUCAUCUUCGGCGGCCACCAAGACUUCAUCAUUGAUGGGAGACCCCUCACAAUCGUAUCCAAGUACAAGUUCAAGCUCCAUAAAUAUUAACAACGAUAAACCUAAACCUCUUCCACACUCAUAUUCAAUAAAUACCGCUCAAUCUCUUGCAGCUCGGAAAGAGCUUACCUCGAAUACUAGUCACAAAUCUCCAAUAAAGUCACCCUUUUCGCCAUCAACCACGCCGUCUAUGAAUCCGAUUCCAGAGCAUCCAUUGACAAUGCCAAUGACGUCUUACACGCCUACACCAAGACCGAAAUAUACUUCGAUAUCUUCAAUCGAUACCAUCACAGCAACAACUGGUCCGAGACCUAGCUUGACAAGAAGUGCGAGUUGGUGGGAUAUGGCUCUGAAAAAGGGGAAAAGGACUGUCAGUUCUAGAGGGGAGGGGUUUGGCGGAGUGUGA